UAGCAACUAGGAAAACCUGCAGCCUUAUUUAUUUAUACCUUUAUUUAUACCUUCUCGCUUCAUACAACCUAACAAAUCUACCUAAUUAAAGGCCUUAAGUAUUACUUUACGGAAAAUAAAAAUGUUGUUCGGCACAAUAUCUUCGCUCGCUAUUGUGGCCCUUGCUGGCCAGGCUAUUGCUGAACCUAUACGCCAACCGUAUAAGCCAAAGCUCGCUCAUAUGUCGCCUAGGGCCAUAUUCGGUCUCGAUCGUCGUGCGAAUGGUGGAUACGCGCCCGAGCAGCAGUUUUGCGAUGAUGGUAAUACUUGUGCUGAAGCCUGUGGUAAAGGUUUCGAACAAUGCUCUUCUAAGGACGGCAUUGUACACUGCUUCAACAAAGCCGCCCAGCAGACUUGCUGCCCCGGAAAGACUGGAGAAUCUUGCGACAAAGGUUACUUCUGCACGGCAGAUGAGAAGGGCGCCACUUGGUGCUGCCCCGACAGUAUGACGUUGGAGCAAUGCGCAGACGCCUAUAACCUGCCUGGUUCCCUUGUGUCGCAAACUAGCACUUCCACCACUAAACCUAAGUCGUUGCAGACAUCUACGACCCAUGCUUCUACUACUACUACGACUAAGGAUGCUAGUACGACAGCUAAGGCCGCUACAAGCACCUUAAGUAUUCCAACAAGUACUACGACAAGUGCCACAACAAGUACCACAAGUACCACAAGUACUGCGACUUCUACGAGCACCACUACGUCUCAGGCCAACGAGAAUUCUACUUCGGCCACCCCUGAGAGUAGCGCUCCUGCUGGCCCCGAAACACCAGCUCCGCCGGCGACUCCUUCUCCUACGGCCCCUGUGAAUGGAAUUGCUACAGCGGGAACUGAUGGUAGUUACGGUUCCAUAAACGGCAUAGUACUUCUCGGUGCGGCCGCUUUUGCUGCUCUCCUCUAAAUCAGCUCGUGACGGGAUGAUGGAAAUGGAUUGGCAAGAGUGGGGUUAUACGACGGGAUGAGCUAUGAUCAUCGAACUC